UUUGUGUGAUUCAUACCAGAUGCAGAAUUGGCUUUCUAAUAUUCUCUCCCACAGAUAAUGUAAUAAUUGUACAAAUCAAUUAUAAAAUCAGUAUCGGUAAAUUAAAAUAGAGGUUAUGUCUUGCGGUUAAAAAAAUGAUAGAAAUUGUGAAAUGCAAUGCACAUUCCUAACGCACAUAGUAUAACGUGCAUUCAGGUAGCAUUUUGAGGUGAAAAGGUUAAAGGAAAGAAGUUAAAGACAGAUGCAAGUCCUCUGGGGGUCGAACAGGGUUUGAAUGUGAAUGUGACGAGUUGAGGGAGCCCAGAAAAGAUGUGCUUCUGGUCAGUCUGAGCUAAGACACAACACCUUCUCUCGCAUCAAACCAUUCACUCCUCUAACGUGAGCAUCUCUGACGUCAGUGAUCUGGGAGUGCUACGAAUUCAUCUGAAUGGGGCAGCGUUGCCUCGUCUUCACUUGUGCUCUCCUUCGUCUCGCUCCACAGGUUAUCUCAAACAUAAACACUGUAGCAGACUUCACCGCUUAACAUGUUGGUGCCAACUGUCCUGGCAGUGCCUUUUCCCCUCCCUUAGUGACAAUGAAAUCACAGAGAACAUCUUCAUCCUCCCAUUGGCUGCCGAGCUCCACGGUGAUGCCCUGUGAUUGGGCAUGGCCAGGGUGCACUCUGGGCCAAUCAGGCUCACUGUAUCCAAGAGACUGAAGCAUGUAAGGCUAUUUAAAUCCAACCAGAGACUCGCAAGAUUGUUCAGAUGUAUAUUUCAGAGUAUAAAAAAUAAAAAGCCAGGGGGCUGAAAGCUUUACAAGUGGAUAAAUGUGAAAAUCCAGACAGACCUGAUUGGUUUUCAAAGAGGUCAGCCCAUCGAGACGGCGUUGAAGAGACACAGAAUGCAACACAAGUUAGGCGUAUGAACUUCGGCAUCUUGUGCUCUCCAUAAUUCUGAGUUUACCUUUGAAUUUUGACCAAAUCUUGCUUCCUCUCUGCAUCGAUGAUUCAUCCGAAGUAAACGAAGCUUGAAGAGUGUAAGGACAGCUUGGUGAGACUACAGCCAGCUGUCUGUAUUUAAUGGUGCAAACGGGAACAGGACUGCUGCAUCAAAGACUAACUUGCGAUUGGACCACAACUGCAGACUUAAAAACUAGAGUGUAAACCUGCGGCCAUUUUGGGAACGUAUCCCUUGUUUCAAUCGUCACAGUGUGAGUAAAUCCAAAAUGGUGGACGAAUGAAAAUGAUGAUUCCUGUUCUACUUCAAAGAACUGAAUAUUUAUUUGUUUGUGUAUAUAUUUUGCAAUAAUAACCAGCAGAUGUCAUAAUUUGGCAAGAUAUUUUUUCUGUUACUUUUAUUAAAUUUUUUUCAGAUUGGCCACAAAUUUAACCGCAGCUCGGACCAGUUUGUUGAUGGAUCAAGACUUCUGCCUGCGGGAUUAAAAUACGUAAUCUCUGUGUUCGCAUAUAAGGGAAGAGCCAACGAAUCAGAUCAUUAGCAGGAAUCUGGAUAACUUGAAUGCAAACUGAGGAGGCAAUUCUGCUAUUUAAUUUAGGUCUGUUGGACAAGCCACCUAGGCCCGAAUGAGCAGACUGAUUGAGCUCUAUGGAGACCAAGCAUGAGGUCUGCAGCGCUUUCACCCCACGGCGCAACAGUUUGAGGAAAUCAUGUGCAGACAUAGUCAGAGAAGCAAGGCAGUCUCUGCGAGUUCAGUCCACACAGCGGCCGUUCACACCAAGAGAUGGACCCAGGCGGCUUUUUGGGGCAAACUCUGUUCGAGGAGAUCAUGGCAGCAGACCGCCGUCAGCCUUUAGCCUUCAUGCUCGAAACUUUGAUGCUGACUCCAGGCCAGGCUCAGGGACUCGCCUCUCGCCUCUGAACCAUAAACCAAAGUUUCCAGACUCCAUUAAUGCUGAGGAUCCACUGAAGGACUUUCCCAAAUCCCCCAUUGAGCUGGUGGAAGCGAGGAAAGGGUUGGCAUGGUCUCAGACCCGCCUCCUCAAGUCUGCAUCUCUUACAUCGCUACUGCCUUCAGAAACAUGCACAGAUGAGAAAUUAAAUCCAGGCCCAGAGCCAAAGCGGCUGUCAGCCGAACAACUUUGCAGUCCAGACCUCUCCACGGACCGCAGAGGUCAUCUCAAAGCGAGCCAACGCAGGACACCUAGUAGAAGCAAUAAAAAUAUAAAGCCUGAUGUUGACUCAGGAGUUAGACCCACAGAGUCUGGAACAGAACAGAAAACAGAGCUUGGGCAUGGAAACGGCACCACAUGCCCAGAUGAGGAGGAUCCAGAGUCACUGGUGUGGAAUAAUGUGAUUCUUCCUCUUCUUCAAGAGCUGGAGAGCAUAGCUGCAGGCAGCUCGGAGGGCUCGGUGGACCGCCUGUGUGAUCUGUGUGACCGUCUGCAUGGCACCCUGGCUGAUGCGGACAUGCUCGGUCGACGCUGUAAGAAGAGAUCUGGGAUACUUCGAACUCUGUUCCACCUUGUUGAUCGCGAGUCUGCCCAGCUCAACCUGCACAUUGCUAAGCUCUGCCUCGCCCUUUGUGUGAGUGGAAACAACUUGCUCAACAUCUGUAAGCUCGUCUUCCAAAUCAGCCGCAGUGAAAGCAACGACAUCCUCUUUGAGAAAAUUUCCAUCAUUGAUUCAUUGUUGUCGUUGCUGAAAUAUGAAGACGUUGGUGUGUCUGGAGAAGCCCUUCUCUACUGUGUCGGUGCUUUAAAAUUUCUCUCUGGAAACAUCGCAAUCCUCAGAAUCUUGUUGGCCAAAAACUGCAUUGAAGUUGUGCAGAAACUCCUCCAGAAACUCUGCAUAGUGUCAGACUGCGACAUGACUUUAGCGGGGAACAUCCUCGUACAGCUGACAGCCACCCUGAGGAACCUUGCAGAUCAUCCUGAUUCCCGCACGCUCUUCGUCUCCUUCUAUGUAAUUCCAGCCCUCUGCCUGGUUUUGCGUCAUUACUGCGAGGACAAAGACAUUUGCACCAACAUUUCCAGAAUAUUUAGUAAACUGUCCUCUUACUCCGAGUGCUGUCUCGCUUUGGCCCGGACCCCCAACUGCUACUCUCUAAUUUUAGAUUUGCUGAGCAAACAUCACCAAAAGCAGGACCUUGUUGUACGUCUUCUCUUCACGCUCGGCAACCUCACAGCCAAAAGCGAGGAGCCUCGGCAGAAGCUCUUUCAGUGCAACGACUGCAUGCCUACGCUCCUCCGACUGUACAACAGCUACCAGAGGAGAAAUGUGUCAUCAAGUACAGUCGUGCAGAAAGAAGCACCUUCCCCCAGAGAACCUGCAGCAGCAGCUGUUGCAGCUCUGACCGACGACGUGCUGGUGAAGCUGGUCAGGGUGCUGGCAAACAUGUGCAUCCACCCGGCUGUCGGUCCGUCACUGGCUACAAACACAACAUGCAUUCAGCUUCUGACGGAGACAUUAGAGCUGAGGUGUGUGGAGGAGAGCGAGGACCUAAUGGUGAAUGUGGCCGCCGCCAUUAAUAACCUCUCCUUCUAUCAAGAAGAAAACUCUGAGAUCAGACGCAAUCAGCUCACUAUUGCAAAGUUGAUGUUGAAAUUGCUGCUUAGUUCAAGUAUGGACGCCAUGUUAGAGGCCACUCGCGUCUAUGGAAACUUGUCACUCCAUAAGGAUGUGCGGGACUUGGCUAUGCAAAAUAAAGUGCACAGGUUUGUGGUGACUCUGCUUGACUCAAAGAGAGCCGAGAUGUGUUUUUCUGCCUGCGGGGUCCUGACCAACCUCGCUCUGGACCCUCCCAACAGGGUUUGUCUCACGCUGGAGGGGGCUUCUGCAAAGUUGGUGGACUGUCUGAGAGAUUUCGGGCCAGCUGACUGGCAGUUGGCAGGCCAGGCCUGUCAGGCCUUGUGGAACCUGAUUGGUCACGGCUCCGACACGCUGUUGCACGCAGAGGAGAGAGAGAGGCUGCUGGAGAUCCUCACAGUGUACUCAGAUAAAGAGGAGACUCUGAAGUGGACGCAGAAUGAAGAUGAGCAGGAUUUCAACAGAGCAUGCUGGGAGUCAGAGUUUUUACCUGUUGCUCAAAAGUUGAUAAAGGUAUUACAUUCAGUAGAAGUGACAACCUGACAAACAGAUUUGUGGUUCCAGACAAACGUCUGUUCCUUGAAUAUGCUAAGUAUGGAGAGCUCCAGGAUAAAAAGUAUCAAAAAGUCCCAACAAAGCUUGUCAUCCAGCCUCUGUUUUGUUUGUCAAAAGCUGCUCUUUUUCGCAGAGGGUGAGGUCACAAACAUUUUACAGUCACUUUAAAGCUCUCAGGUUGGGAACAUGAAAUAUGUGGCGGUUAAUCAUUAAUGUGAGCAUGCAAAACAUAAAAUAUUAAAGGAAUCUUCAAGAAAAAAAAAAUAUAUAUAUAUAUAUUUUUUAAAUGUGUGCAUAAAUGUAACAAAAUAUAUUUUGUUUUUACCUACAUUUUGGGACCUCUGUGAAAAUGUUUUAAUUGAUACUUAAGUCGUUUUGGUUGAUAGACAUGACAUCAUAAUCCAGGUUUUAUUUUUCAGUUAUUUUGGACUUUGGAUGAACAUUUCAAACUUUUUUUCCGCAGUGGAUUUUUGUUAUUCUAUGCUGUGAUACUCAACUGAUAAUGUAAUCUUAAGCACAGUUUACUACGAAAGAAUAAAAAUGUUAUUGUCUGGA